AUGGAAGCUUCUCCUUCUCCACAACAAUCCAAUGUCACUUCAUAUGGGGCUAUAACUGUGGCUGUCAUCACCCUGGAGGUGUUUGCUGGCAUGUGGAUAAAUGCUUUCAUCGUUUGUGUGCUUUGCAUUGCCUGGGUCAAAAAGAAAACCUUGAACUCUAUUGAGAAGAUCUUGCUGCUGCUGGGAUUCUCCAGGAUUUCCUAUUUGUGCUUCACAUCAGUAUCCUACUUCAUUUCUAUACUUUAUCCCAAUUUCCUUCAUGUUCUAACCAUACAUCAACUACUUGCAUCUUUUGCAUCGUCUUUUAAUUAUUCCAACUUGUGGAUCUCAGCCUGUCUUUGUGGUUUCUACUGCAUAAAAAUUGCCAAUUUCAGGAACAGGCUCUUCAUCUACCUGAAAGUAAAAAUCGACAGAAUGGUGCCCUGGAUCUUGUUGGGGUCAGAGAUUUUAGGCUUAGCUAUGGGCAUUGUUAUAUAUGACCUCACAGAAACCCUGAAGAGGAACAACAUCACUUUCAGCAGCCAAGAAACCAUUUGGGAAAUAAUUAUUAGAACGAAUAAACAUCUUUUCUCUUCUUAUUUUCUUGCUGGGCUUGUAUUUGUUGCAUCAUUCAUGGUUGUCAUCUUUUCUGCUGUUUGCCUUCUCUUUUCUCUCUGGAGACACAAGCGCAGGAUGCAGACAAACUACAUGAAGGAUCUCAGCAUGGAUGCCCACAUCAGAGCCAUGAAAUCUGUCCUCUCCUUCUUAGUGAUGUACAGCAUCAACUUUGUAUGUUUGGUCUUGUCAAUAUUUUAUGCCACAAAGAAAGAAAAUAUCAUGACAUUCCUUAUAAACAUAUAUUUGUAUGCUUUUCCUGGUGCUCAUUCCCUUAUUUUGAUUUUCAGCAAUCCCAAACUGGAAAAGGUACUGAUGAAGUUUCUCUCCAGGGUGAAGUGUGACUUUUUCAUGAACUAG